CUUUGAUGUGGAGGAGAGCUGCAGAUCUGAGGCUUGUCCUCAGUAAUGUUAUCUCAUACUGCCAGCAACGUCAAGGGCAUCACCAUGGUUACCAGCCUGAGAAACAAUCACCAACAUCUCCUGUAGAAUCCCAAGUGAGUUUCAAGAUGAUUGAAUUUUUCAAUUUUUAAUUUUCAGGUUUUCUUUCGAAUUGGUUUUGGUUUUGGUUUUGGUUUUGUUUUCUUUUCCUCCCUGUUCGUCAACCUAAACGUGGAAGUCGCAGUCGUUUUCGCUCGUCGGUGUCGUCGUGAGGUAAAUGGUCGUGUAAACAUGGCGAGUCGCCGCAAACAAACCGUCCAAAAACCAUCCCAAGUGAUGAAAACAGCGAGAAGAAGAUCUUGGACGGGCAACACUGGGCCAUAGUUCUUGUGGUGGAUCUUGGCCCGCGGACGAAGGGUCUUGGAGAGGGGAGAAAGCGGACUGUCAGGUGCCACUGCCGCUGCCGCUGCCGCCGCCCACACACACAAAGGCAGAAGCAAUAUGGAGUCUUGAGAUAGGUCUCUGCUGUGGAACAGAG